UAAUCGUAUUGUUUUCAGUUUCAGCUCUGACUACAUUCCUUCUAGCACAUGGUGUGCUGACGUCACUGUAGGCUACUGAACAGACCUCAGGAGUUCAGAUUUGGUUUCACAGCAUUUAAAGAGCUUGAAGAUCAGACAAAGACAGCGCUGACAUUAAUACAUUAUCACUAUGGCAUACUCUACACAAACCCUAGCUAAGGGGUGCUUUGGGAAAAUAUAUAUGGAGAAGUAUAAAGAUUCAUGUGCUGCUAUGAAGAGAGUCCCUGUAAGUCUCCUCAGCAGAUCUGACCUGGAAAGAGAAUGCAAAGUAUAUGAAAAGGCUCGGCAUCCCAAUGUAGUAAAACUUCUUGGUAAACCUCUGCUUAAAGACUCUAAGUGGCACAUUCCUAUGGAAUUCAUCUUUGGAGAAGACCUCGAGACAACCAUCUUUAAAUCAGCAAGCUCCAAAAUACAGCUAAAUCCAGCAGUGAGAGCCACGAUCAUCACUGGGAUGUGUGAAGGUUUGCUUCAUCUUCACAGUAAAGACAUCGUCCACCAAGACCUCAAACCUGAUAACAUCAUGGUCGAGCAUGAAACCCAUCGUGCUGUCAUCAUUGACAUGGGACUGGCAAAGUUCUUAAAAAAUGGGCUCAGCUCUGCACAAAAUAUGGGAAAUGAAGCGUACUCCCCUCCAGAGAUCCUGCAGAUGGGUGAAGUCCGUGACAAGCGAUCAGAUGUUUGGGCCAUGGGUAAAAUCAUCGCUGAACUCUGUGUCAGGGUCAGGUUACCGACUCAAUAUGUGUCUGAAACCAAAAUUCAAGAAACUCUUAAAGAUCAUGCAUACUGUAAAGUGGUGGCCAGGAUGGUGGAGACCAAUCCAGCUUCCAGAGCCACUAUGGCUGGAGUCAUCUCAGACAUUAGGAGAACUGGGAUAGUGUCAAAAAUGGACAGCAAGCCAGGAGACACUGUAACGCAGAAAAAAGAAACGAGGGGAAGUGCUCCAGCAGCAGUCAUCCCAGACGUUAAGAAAGCUGCUCCACAAACAGACAUCAAGCCAAGAGACGUCAUACCACAGAGAAAUGAUAUCAGGGGAAAGGUUCCAGCUCCAGUCAUCCCAGACAUUAGGAAACCUGCUUCGCCUUUAAAAAUGGACGUUAGGCCGAGAGAUGUCCCUGUACCACAGAGAAAUGAAAUGAUGGGAAAUCCUAGGUGGGGUCAGCAAGUAUCUGCGUCACCUAAGAUGGAUUUCAAAACAUCUCCUCUACCAAAUUAUCGACAUACUCCGCCUCAAAAUAGGGAAAUGGGAAAGGCACCAUUUGUCCAAAUGAAAGGACCAAACUUGAAUGAUAAGAUGUCCCUAAUGUCAUUUCCUUGCCCCCUACCAGAGACUGGAAAAGUGAUUCAGAGACGCUUUAAUGAAAGGAAAGAACAGAUAGAAUAUAAAGAGAUCAACACCGAGGGAGGGAGAAUCACUAAAUAUGAAAAAGUAAAAAUGUCUAAACAUCCUUAAUUUAUUUUUGCCAGUUUACAUUGUUGAUGUCUAGUAGCAGUGCUAUUACAGGGUUAACCAAACACAUUAGCCUCAUCAUCUUGUUGCAGGUUGACAUGACUUGAAUAACAAAAGUUUAUUCAGGCAAGAAAGUUAAUAACAGACAGCUAGUCAGUUAUCAGAUAUUUUCUCUGUAUAGAGAAACGAGCAGUAAGCAUUCUUCAGAAAAUACUAAAUCAUAUGUACAAUGUAAUCACUUUAUUAUUUUUUAUUUAUCUGACAAAUGAAUCAUUAAUUUGGGGGAAACUAUCCUCCACAUUCAGAUGACUCUUUUAUUCUCAGAGACUUUUAGCACAAUCGCUGGAGGGAGUUUCUCUAGAAAAACAGUGAGUCACAAAACAAAACGUAUAUGAGAGUUUGUUGGCACUGAGGAAAAAAUGCUGUUCAUCAGGAAAUACAAUAAUGCAGAAGAUAAUGCCAUGAAUAUUUUCACUUUACUUUGGAGUAUGUGAAAUGUAAAAGCAUUAUAUGCUUUCUGUUGUACUCCAAUAUUGGUAAUACUAUGUUUUUGCCUUUAGAUUUUUUUGUUGUAAGAUCAAAUUUUUGUUGUAAGAUCAAAUGCACACAUUAUUUACGGUGGCCUUGAAGUGCAAUUUUAUUUACAAGAUUAAAAACAAAUUUACAAGUUUUUUUUAACAAAUUUACAAGUUUUUUAAAC